AUGUCUAUUGAGGAUGAGAUACGCUCGAUGUACGAGAUCUCGCCAAUGAAGACUCGAUGUACAACUGGCAACAGCUGUGGGACAGUGACGAAGAGCAAAUACCCGAUCAACAUACAUACCGUCUAUGGACCCGACACGACAGUAGACAACGUGGUCAAGAGGAUGUGUACGGACUCCAACACUUGGCAUGCGAUCAGCGAUGGGAUCCCCCGGAAUAUGACUGACCUCCCAGUUAUUGAAGCAAGUGAUGCCGUUGUACCAAUUGACGUAUACCAUCCUCCGCUUGAAUUCAUCAGUUCAUUCCUCAGUCUGGUCGCUUUUGUAGAGGCUUUCGAUCCAUCUGCACGUGACUUCCGUAGGGCUGAUUUCGAUCUCAUGAACCUAGUUCUAUCUCAAGUGGACUGGACAAAUCUCCAAAGAUGUACUAGUGUACAUGUAGCCGUGAAUUUAUUCUACACAAUUAUGGACGAUGUUUUUGACGAAUCUGUGCCCAUGGCUCGACCUCCACUCAGACCUCCUUGGACCAAUUCUCGUUUAAAACGAUUGAAACAGCUGCGCUCGAAAUUGCUUCGAACAUUCACUAAUGCUAGAUGCCCAUUCAUCAAAAUGAAACUUAACGAUGCUACCAAACAAUAUCGAAUCUACAAUCGAUUAUGCUAUCGCCGUUAUGUAAAUCGUACUCAAAGUGAACUUCGUCUGAACCCGAAAAAGUUUUGGAAUUUCGAGAAUAACAAACGGAAGGAAUCCGGUCUACCUGCGAAGGUACAUUUAGAUGACAGAAUUGCUAAAUCACAUGCUGAAAAGCAUUUCUCCAGUGCAGUGUGCAAAUUAUGCUUUUGCUCUGAUUGUUACUUUGUAUCUGUUCGCUACGAAAGCUCCCAGCAGCAACGAGCGAUUCCCAAUGGUCGACGCCGAUGUCCAGCAACGACGCCCGGGGCACUCACAAGAGGAGAAGAGUGCCACACAGACGUGAGAGAACGGCGCCGAGAGAGCAAGGAGGCUGCUCUCGCUGUAAGGAAGAAUACCCGAACCAAACCCGAAGAGUUUAGUCUUCCUGCGUCCAGACCAAUACUAUCGAUCCAGUCCGCCGUGUCUACCGAAGAAAGGCCUUUCUUCUGGCACGAGCUUCUCCGCUACUUGCUGUGCGCUGUUCCAGCGCUUCGCUUGCCAGAUUGGUCACCACCCCCCAGUCCACUAGCAGAUCCACCCCGUAUCCUGUUUGCCUACGAGCUCUGUAUAGAUCUGGAUGGAAUUUCGUUCGUUAUGCUCUGCGUGGUCUACCGUGGGAUAACCCUCGAAACCUGCUACCUUGUGCACAACGUUGCGCGUUCGGCUGACCAGCUGGACGAUGUCACAUCGAAGGCGACGACCGGUCGAUCCACUCCACGUUUGCAACCGCCGAAAAAGGACACUUACGGUGCACCGUACCGCAGCAAUCGAUUCGGAUUCCGCUCAACCAAUGUGGUCCGGCCGGCAUCAGCUGGUCUCCAGCCAAAAACUUUAACCGACUGCGACAAGCAGUUACAUUCCAUCAACAACAACAAUAAUAAUAAUAAUAACAACCACACAACUAAUAACAACAACAAUAACGUGUACAUAACUACUGACAAACGGCGUUCUAAGAGCGCUUCCGCUGCGGCCUCCGCUCGCACAACAUUCGCACCGCUCUACCAGCCUCCGGUUCACGAGCGAUCGUCUGCGGCGUUACAACAUCUUCAUCAUGGUCCGCAAGCAUCUCUACACAGGCCACAGCCGAAAUAUCACACGGCGACGACGACGAAAAUAGCUCCAUCAUCAGAACAGCCGCCGACAGCAGCCGCUCAACAACAACAAAUUGGGCCUGCGUCGUCUUCAUCGGCGUCGGCGUCGUCGUCAACAGCGGCGGUCAGCGGAAGUAUCGAUGAAAAUCGACAACAUUCUGGCGUAAAUAAUGCCAACGACCAGCGGCAGCAGUUUGGCUCAGCCGUUGACUCCGGACAGCCGCGUCCAACAACAAAUAAGAUCGGCACAAAGGGGGCAGUCCCAUGUGGACAGGAAUCAUCCUCGGUGGUGGCCAAGUUUACGUUACACAGCGGAAGCCUUCCGAAGCCACAAUACCCGGUGCCGAUCAGUCUAUCUACGAUCACCGGUGGACCGAUUCCGACGGCGCGCUUUGCUAUGGAUCCAAAAGGCGCCAAACAUGCCGUCAAUGUGAGCCGCAAAGGAACGCUUCAAAGCAGCCAAUAUCAACGGGACGUUUCUUCCGAUCGUGCACUUGAUCUCCAGGACGAGGAUCUUAACUCGAAUGUGGACAACUCCCCUAAUAUUCGAAUGCCUCGUCAGCGGUACCGUAACCUUGAGAUGGUUAUGGCUGGUCGACACAAAUUCGAAGUUCGUGAUCUAGAAACACUCACUGCUGAGCCAAUAGUUUCGCUGGCCCUUCCACAACUUCCUAGUGCAUUUACAAACUCUGGCCAGCAACCACAACCGGUUCCUCUGAGUGGACUGGUUCGCAGUUCCGAGCUUCCUCGUCAACUUGACGACGAUAUCGACAUAAACGACAAUCGUUAUGAACAAGAGGCGGUUGACCCGAUCGAAAUCGCCCGCAAAGACUCGAUCACGUCUUCGGAUGUUGAGAGUCUGGAGGAAGAGAAACUGACCCGCGAUAACAAUUCAUCCGAAAAGAGCCUCAAGGGGGCACUGAUCAAGGAUAUGACUGAGUCGCACUGCAGCAAGACAUCUUCUCCGGGUAGCUCCCGGGCUUCCUGGUGCAACGCGGGCGAAACUAUGGCGCCCAAGGAGUGCAGCAGUUUGAGCUUGAGCAGCAGCGACGAAAGCAAUGCUAAGAUUGCGAACAAUCGAAAGAUGCUGGAGGAAGAAGAAGACAUCAGUUCGGUUACCAUUACUGCUGGUAAUCCGUCGUUGUUGUCUUCCUUUUCCGCGAUCAUUCCAAUGGACAUCUCAAUGAACGUGGACAGUAUAUCGGAGGUGCAAAACUCGUUCAAUGACAACACAAUCUCGGAACAACCAAACGAUGAAGAUCAGAUGUUCCGAUCUGAGGAGACUAAAUUUGCAGAGAUGGCAGCCGCUGUCAGUGAUGCCAUCCUGUUGGAUGACGAAACAUCUCCUACGGACAGCUUGGUUAGCAGCUGCACAGAAUCGGACGAUGCUCGCAAAAACCGCAAAAAGGCUGUCGAACGGCAGAAUGAGAAAGACAAGGAAAAGGACAUCGAUGAAAUUUCCCCGGAAUUGGAAGAGUUGACCAGUCCGACAACCCCGGGAACUCCGACACAUGCCUCCAAUUCAUUGUCUCUGUCGGACGGCGGUCGUGAUUUCCUGAUCGAUGAUGAAAUAGCCGAUCAACCCGCACUGGUGUUCGAUGAGCCGGCUCUCAACGACAGCAGCAUCAUCGACGUAGGAUCGAUUCAUCUCAAUCUUACCGAAGACACGCCGACUCUGAGAGACUCUGUAUCUUCACUCAAUAACAACAACAAUCGAUCUCGAUCCGGACCAGCACCGGUGCCAAAACCUAGAAAAAUCAUGGCCGAAACUUACGAAUCACCGGCCCCAGUGCGCAAAAAUCGUAACCGGUUGCCACGGUCAGAAUCCCUGGACACCUUGUCGCCAUGCGAUUCGAUCGCCUCCGAUGAUUUUAUGCUGGAUUUUAACAGCAGCAUGGAUUCUAUUGAUAGAAUGGCCCGAUCCAACGCCAGUGGAAGCACCUCGGCGUUACACUCGAUGGACGAGCUGCAGCUUUUCGCUGAGCUUGAGAACAAGGGUGGGCAGCUGAUGCACGAGUGGAGCAAGCUUUUGCGUACCACCACCCAACAACAGCAGAAGGCGGGUAGUAUCCACAGCACCAGCCGCGAGAGCAUAACGUGAGUAACGCUUGAUUAUUUUUUUUCGGGUAGGGCUUUUGGGGGAAGCUUUGAGGCGAUAUGAAAAAAGACCUACAUAGUAGGGUUGCUAUGGGUUCUGCUAGUCGACUGUAGGGG